AGUGGGACAAAUGAAGUUCACGCUCCGCAGCUGGUGAUGGCGGAUGUUGUGGAGAAAGACACCAUGAAGAAUUACCACAUAGCGUCCGAGAAAAUCAACCCGGACGCCAGCCGCUACCCGUACUGCAUAGUCUGGACGCCCAUCCCCGUGCUGUCAUGGCUGUUUCCCUUCAUCGGUCAUAUGGGAAUCUGCACCUCCACCGGAGUCAUCCGAGACUUCGCCGGGCCGUACUUUGUCUCUGAAGACAACAUGGCUUUCGGAAGACCGACAAAGUACUGGAUGCUGGACGUCAGUAAAGUCUACGCCAUGGGUUCCAACGCCUGGGACACGGCGGUGCACGACGCGUCCGAGGAGUACAAGCACCGCAUGCACAACCUGUGCUGCGACAACUGCCACUCCCACGUGGCCAUGGCCCUCAACCUGAUGCGCUACGAGAACAGCACCUCGUGGAACAUGGUGAAGCUCUGCCUGCUCGUGCUCGUCCACGGCAAACACGUCAGCUGCGCCGGCUUCCUGAAGACCUGGCUGCCUUUCCUCAUGCUCCUGGGCGUCGUGCUCACAGUGGCCCUGGCCCUCAACCUGCGGUGACCUGGGCGGCGGGCGGAGGACCUGUCACAGCGGGAACGCCGACUCCUCCCCCUCGGCAGGGUCAGAACGUGGGCGCUGACCUUUGGAACAGCAGAGGGAGGGGGAGGGUGGGGGCGUCACACGGUAUCCAAGGAGAGAGAGAGCGAUAUAUAUAUAUGGAAAGAGAAACUACUGGGCUCCAGGACAGGAUCGCUGGACGUCGGCGUCCACCUGGGUUUUUUUUUUUGGAGACAUUGGAAGACAUUCCCCCCUGACAUCCAUCUCACAGGACCACACCACAGACUGAACGGAUCCCAGCUCGAGCCAUCGCUGCCUUCACUAACGGUUGAAACACCGCCUCAUCCCUUUCUCUGAGGGGAAACGCAUAUCCAUGCCUUACUUGUUGAUUUUUAUCUACUAGAUCCGGGGCCGUAUUCCCACCAGUCCGUGCUUCCCGUGUGCCAUUUUUCUACCACGGGAGCACAAACGCGUCUUCGCUGCCUUCCUCGGGAAUCUGUAUCUCGGUCAUGCUGGUUCUAAUGUAGCUCUUCCACAGCUCAUACUUAAAAUACGCGAAAGCUUUUUGUACUUUCUGUGCGGUUUCUUAUUCACAUAUGAGCUUCUGUGUAGGAUAUGGAGCGUCUCUCUCAGCGGGCUUACUCGCUUUACACACAUUGCCUCACGCCUCGAUGAACUCCAGGUCAGAAGCGCAGUGAUUGUAGCAACCUCAGUCCAUGUGGUUUCUGUACGUGUGCCAAACGGAGGACGGUCGAGCAGCUCCAAGGCUUACAGACCGAGAGAGAUCUGGUCACAGUGGGUUUUCAUCAGUCCUGUAGAGAACUGUGUGAAGGAUCCAAACACACCUUGAUCCACCUGUUUUCUCCAAUCGACCAAACUGAUCUCAGCCAAAACACGGCGAAGGGCCAAGACCGCCUCCUGAUGGUCCAUCCAGAAUGUAGACCGGAUCGUCUUUCAUCCGUUUAUUUUUUGUUUCUGCCACAUUGAAACACUGAACUUUGGGUCUGAAUAUCUUUAAACGUGGGAGUCUGACCUGAAGGGGGCGUGUCUUUUCCAUCUCCACCAAUAACCGUUCAUUCCCGGGACGUCGUCUUUGAGUCCUGCCGUCACCUCCUAAAGGUGUGUUUGAGCUGAACACAGGCAGAGAGGGACCAGUAGUCUGAUGAAAACCUUCUGUUGAUAAAGGAAUUAGACGAUUCUUAUGUCCGAGAGGUUUUAGUUCCUUUUACUUUUUGAUUUUUCUCCAAGAGUUCAGUGAAGUCAGUGCCUACAGAGUUGCCUCUCCCACUUUUUUUUUUUGCCUCCCGUUUAAAUAAAUCCACGUGAUGGUUGGCACCCGGAGCCCGUUGCCAUGGCUGUUUGCGAGCAGAUUCAAAUCCCCCCAUUGUUUGCAAUCAAACAGAACAAGGAGAAGAAGAAGAGAGAGAAAAAAAAAAGAGUGUUGAGCCGCCUCUUUGUCCGCGGUGCUGCCAGAAGCAGCAGGUAGCCGGGAUCCUCAGGUUUUUUUCACGCUCGCCAACCCCCAUGCCGCCGCUGCCCCCGCUGUUCCCCCACCUUUACACACAUCAGGCUGGAAGGUCAGCGUGAAAUGUCAGCGUUGUUCCAGCUCCGGCGUGCGUCCUGAUCCCCUCGCCGCGUCCGCCUGUAAAUAUCUGAAAGACAACAUUUCCACCGUUCAUCAGGUGCUCCGCUCCCCCCGCUCGCUUCUCAUCCACCCUCCUCAAUAACUCACUCUCGUCGUGCCUCAGCGGGUGAGCGGUGGCGUGCGUGUCGGCGGGUAACGCAUGCCGGCGUGACUGAGUGACUGAGUGUGUGUGUGUGUGUGAGUACGAGUGUGUGUUUGCAUGUGAACCUGUGAGAGGAGAAGCUCAUCGCUGUGGCUUCUCAUUGAAAUAAUCAGCUGCCUACAGCGAUUGAUUUCUAUAUUUAAAGCUCCAUAUUUUGCCUCUUAAUCAAGCGAUACGUGAUGCUGGUGAACUGUAGAGAGAAUCGGUGUGUUAGGAUGAUUUGAUUCAGUGCGUGCUGUAGUUACAUUCAUACAUUCAGGAUGUUUAAGGAGGGAGCUUUGGGAGCUUUACGGCCUUCACACACCAGAGGGUGAAAUGAAACCACCGAUUCUCAUUCAAACUGACUUGUUUUUGCAGAAUUUUGUAAAACUGAAGGUGAAAAAUGAAAGUUUCUGUCUCAAAAAUGCAGUCCUUUGUGUUUUGUUUUUAAAGGACUUUUGAAAAACAACGGCAGUGAACGCAAGUUAUUGAAAACGCUCUGACUCUGUGAAGAGUAAAUAGUUCGCACCAACUCCUGGCCCUAACGUGCUAGCCUGCCCGUUUUCUGCCGUUUCCAUGUAAACAUGAAACCUUUCUGAAACGAAAACCCAAAAACAAUGUAGCCUAUUUUCACUCGAGCCGUCACGUAAAUGGGGCCUUAAAGCAAGACGUGCCAGUUCUUUGAAAUUACUGAAAAUUUUUUAGACAUAAAUGUCCCAAAAAGCAGGAUCGUAAUUAUUAUAAAACUUUUAAAAAUGCUGUUACCUGAGUGUUUUUUUUUUUCUUUACCAAAACACUUAUGACGCAGACUUGAUGUUUUGGUUUUCCUUGAGUAAGUGGUGUGUAAAGGGCCUUGAGCAGACUGGUCGCUCCGUCUCAAAGGGUUCAUGUGUUCAUCUGGGGGCGGGUAUGUGCCCUUUCCACCUGAAGUGCUGGGAGGUUUUCCAUCUGUGUCCACACUGAGAGAACAGCAGCAGCACAAAGAGAAAAUCCCCCCUCGGUUCUGUGUAAUUGCGCUAAACGUGGGGAAAAUGGGAGACAAACUGCGGCCGUGAAUGCGCGGCUUGUGCUUUUACACGAAGCGGCUCAUUCAUUACAGCUAAUGAAUGAACAGCCCUUUGAGAUCAGCUGAUUUAAAGAAGAAGAAAAAAAAAACCCCACAGCAGUCAUUACUACUGCUUCCGACGUAACCUUCAGGAGGAUGGAGGGAAGCGGUGAAGACCGGACAGCGAGCCGGUUCCCUUUCGGGGCGUCAGAUAUUCAGUGGAGAUCCUCUGAAUGGUUUUAGAUGUUGCCUGCUGCGGUGCCUUGUUGUAUCCAAGAGCCAGGUCCUGGAAUGUGGAGACCUGCGGUCCCGCCGAUUCAGCCCGUUGACAAAAGACUGUCGGGACGCUGUUAUUAGUGCCACUAUCCAUAUAUACUCAUACCAGCCUGCAAUUUAAGAAAAAAAAAAGGGAAAAAAAAAACCCCUCUUUUGUUUCUUUAAUCCUUCCAAAAUGUCUUUUAUGCUGCAGAUC